CUGGCCUGUUCAGAGCUCAGUGGGUAUUCAGUUGAGAGUGUCACAGGAGACAUCGAGCUCCAGUGACCCCAGCAAGACUCCCAGGAUUCAGUGGAAUCUCUAUGGACGGUGGCCUGUUCACACAGCACAGCAAGGAGACCAGGAUUCAGUGGAAUCUCUAUGGACGGUGGCCUGUUCACACAGCACAGCAAGGAGACCAGGCAGUGGCAGGCAGUUAGAGAAGCUCCCGCCAGAGGAGUUAGACUAGAGAGCAGUUCAUUUGAAGUGCUGCAACCUUCCUUGUUUCCCUACUUCUUUGCCUCCACCUGUAGCGGCUAGCCCCAACCACCCGGGCUAUUUCACACGCUCUCUCUUUCUCUCUCUGGGACUGCAGACUGACUGAGCUUUUAUGCUAAAGGACUAAAGGAUUUUGCGUGGAGUCUUUUUGUAUUUGUUUUAGGAAUAAUAUCACAAGUUUUAAAGACGAUCAUUUUCCUGGUGAGUUUCUUUCACUGUGUGUUUUUCAGUUGGACCUUGAAAUGGGUGUCACUCUAUGAUUGCGUGAGCUGCUAUCUAUCGAGCGGAGCGGGAGUGUAGGUAGAGGAGCAGAGGAGAGGCGUGCCAACACCUGGACCAUGGCACUGAGCCACCGAUGGGCACAAUCUCCCCUCGCGAGGGGGGCCACAUUUAUCCUAGUACUGGUCAGUCUGGCCCUGCCAUCACCAUCCCACGCAGACAGCAUGCCCAAUUUCAUCAAAUCUCCAGAUGACCAGACAGGUAUUUCGGGAGGAGUGGCAUCCUUCGUUUGCCAGGCGGUGGGCGAUCCCAAGCCACGCAUCACCUGGAUGAAGAAGGGCAAGAAAGUCAGUUCUCAGCGCUUUGAGGUGAUAGAGUUUGAUGACGGUUCAGGGUCUGUCCUGCGUAUCCAGCCCUUGCGGACCCACAGGGACGAGGCCAUCUAUGAGUGUACUGCCACCAACAGUGUGGGAGAGAUCAACACCAGCGCCAAACUCACCGUCCUGGAAGAGGACCAGAUCCCUCAUGGGUUCCCCACCAUAGACAUGGGUCCCCAGCUGAAGGUGGUGGAGAAGACCAGGACAGCAACCAUGCUGUGUGCUGCCAGUGGCAACCCUGACCCAGAGAUCUCCUGGUUCAAAGACUUCCUGCCUGUAGAUAUCAACAGCAGCAACGGGCGAAUCAAACAGCUCCGCUCAGGAGCUCUCCAGAUAGAGAACAGUGAAGAGUCCGACCAGGGCAAGUACGAGUGUGUCGCGGUCAACAGCGCCGGGACCCGCUACUCGGCUCCGGCUAAUCUCUACGUGAGAGUGCGCCGCGUGCCACCCCGGUUCUCCAUCCCGCCCACCAACCAUGAGGUGAUGCCGGGUGGCAGCGUGAACCUGACGUGUGUGGCAGUGGGAGCACCCAUGCCCUACGUCAAGUGGAUGAUGGGAGUAGAAGAGCUGACCAAGGAGGAAGAGAUGCCCAUUGGGAGGAACGUGUUGGAGGUCACCAACAUCCUCCAGUCUGCCAACUACAGCUGUGUGGCGAUAUCGUCACUCGGCAUGAUCGAGACCACCGCGCAGAUCACUGUCAAAGCCUUGCCCAAGCCCCCCACCUCCCUGAUCGUGACGGAGACCACAGCCACCAGCGUCACCCUGACCUGGGACUCGGGGAACCCUGAGCCCGUGUCCUACUAUGUCAUCCAGUACCGGGCCAAGGUCUCUGACAACAGCUUCCAGGAGGUGGAUGGGGUAGCCACCACGCGCUACAGCAUUGGUGGCCUCAGCCCCUACUCCGAGUACGAGUUCCACGUCAUGGCGCUGAACAACAUCGGGCGUGGCCCUCCUAGCAGCCUCGUGGACACCAGGACCAGUGAGCAGGCUCCAUCCUCUCCACCGCUAGCUGUACAGGCUCGCAUGCUCAGCGCCUCCACCAUGCUGGUCCAAUGGGAGCCGCCUGAGGAGCCUAAUGGACAGAUCAGAGGGUACCGGGUGUACUACAGCUCGGACCUCAGAGCCCCACUGAGUGGCUGGCAGAAACACAACACUGACGACAGCAGACUGACCACCAUCUCAGGGCUGACCACUGAUAUCACCUACAGCCUCAGGGUGCUGGGGUUCACCUCUGUAGGGGACGGACCUCCCUCUGAUGUACUGCAGGUCAAGACCCAGCAGGGAGUACCAGCCCAGCCAUCUAGUUUCAACGCCGAGGCAGAGUUGGACACCCGCAUCAUGCUGUCGUGGCUGUGGCCUGUCCAGGACCAGAUCACCAAGUAUGAGCUGAUGUAUUGGGAGGCUAACUCUGGCAACAAGCUACAUGUGACCUUCCUUCCAGCGGGGUCCUAUGCUGUGGAGGGUCUGAAGCCAGACACCCUCUACAUGUUCUCCCUGGCUGCUCGUUCUGAAAUGGGCCUGGGCGUCUAUACCCAACCCAUCGAGGCCAGGACUGCCCAGUCCACCCCCUCAGCCCCGCCCCAGGAGGUGCACCUUCUGAGCCUCAGCUCCACCAGCAUCAAGGUGAGUUGGGUGGCACCCCCUGCAGCCAGCCGCCAUGGGGACAUCGUCCGCUACUCUCUGGCUUACCAGGCCGCCACCGGUGAGGACCUGGAGCGCCACAAGGUGUCGGGCAUCAGGGCAGAUGUUUCUAGUUAUAUCCUGGAGGGCCUGGAGAAGUGGACAGAGUACCAGGUGUGGGUCAGGGCUCACACGGACGUAGGCCCAGGCCCAGAGAGCCCGGCGGUCAGGAUCAGGACCAAGGAGGAUGUGCCUGGAGCUCCACCCAGGAAGGUGGAGGCUGAUGUCCUGAACUCCACAGCCCUGAGGGUGACGUGGAAGCCCCCCCUCCAGGUGAAGCAGCAUGGCCAGAUCAGAGGGUACCAGGUGGUCUACUCGCGACUGGAGAACGGAGAGCCACGAGGCCAGCCCAGCAUUAUGGAUGUCUCCCUACCUGAGGCACAGUGGAACGUUGAGGAUACCAUGGACUAUGAGGCUGUUAUAACAGGCCUGCUCCCUGAGACCACCUACUCUGUCACCGUGGCAGCCUACACCACCAAGGGGGACGGGGCACGCAGUAAGGCCAAGGUGGUCACCACCACUGGAGCAGUCCCAGGCAGGCCCACUAUGAUGAUCAGUACCACCAUUGGUAACACAGCCCUCAUCCAGUGGCAACCACCGAAAGAGAUGGUGGGAGAGCAUGUUGGCUACCAGCUUCAGUACAAACGUAUGGAGGAGGAGACAUUCACUGUAAAGGACUUCAAGAAGACAGACGACCACUUCACUGUCACCGGCCUGCACAAGGGCGCCACGUACGUCUUCAAGCUCUGCGCCAAGAACCGGGCGGGCACCGGCGAGGAGUACGUGAAGGAGAUUACGACGCCGGACGAUGUGCCCAGCAGUUACCCCCAGAACCUGAGUGUCGUAGGCCUGACCACGACUACUACCAAGCUAGCCUGGGAGCCUCCGGCGCUGGCUGAGAGGAACGGGAGGAUCGUCCAGUACGUGGUGGUGUACAGAGAUAUCAACAGCCAACAGAACCACACCAAUAGCACGAUAGAGACCCAGAUGACCAUCAUGGGGCUGCAGCCUGAUACCACCUAUGACAUCAGGGUCAGGGCUUUCACCAGCAAGGGAGCCGGACCCAACAGUCCUAGUAUUCAGAGUAGGACCAUGUCUACCUCCAUGCCUGAGUUUACCAAAAACUUUGGUGUGAAAACUGUGAUGAAGACCUCUGUCCUGCUGACUUGGGAAGUGCCAGAAACCUACAAGUCUCAAGUGCCUUUCAAGAUCCUGUAUAACCAGCAGAGUGUGGAGGUGCAGGGGAACCUGAAGAGGAAGCUGAUCACGAGGCUGCAGCCAGACACAGACUACAGCUUUGUGUUGAUGUCUAGAGGGAACAGUGCUGGGGGUCUACAGCAGCAGGUCUCCAUCAGAACCGCCCCAGACCUGCUCAAGACCAAACCCAUCCAAUACCAACACCACCCAGAGGAGGGGGGCAAGCUCACCAUCACCCUACCCAGAGUCCCCACCACCGCCCCUAUCAGGUCUGUUGUGUCUAUCACCAUCACCCUACCCAGAGUCCCCACCACCGCCCCUAUCAGGUCUGUUGUGUCUAUCACCAUCACCCUACCCAGAGUCCCCACCACCACCCCUAUCAGGUCUGUUGUGUCUAUCACCAUCAUCCUACCCAGAGUCCCCACCACCGCCCCUAUCAGGUCUGUUGUGUCUAUCACCAUCACCCUACCCAAAGUCCCCACCACCACCCCUAUCAGGUCUGUUGUGUCUAUCACCACCACCCUACCCAGAGUCCCCACCACCACCCCUAUCAGGUCUGUUGUGUCUAUCACCAUCACCCUACCCAGAGUCCCCACCACCACCCCUAUCAGGUCUGUUGUGUCUAUCACUAUCACCCUACCCAGAGUCCCCACCACCACCCCUAUCAGGUCUGUUGUGUCUAUCACCACCACCCUACCCAGAGUCCCCACCACCACCCCUAUCAGGUCUGUUGUGUCUAUCACCAUCACCCUACCCAGAGUCCCCACCACCACCCCUAUCAGGUCUGUUGUGUCUAUCACCAUCACCCUACCCAGAGUCCCCACCACCGCCCCUAUCAGAUGGUACUACAUAGUGGUGGUUCCUGUCACACCAGCCACACUACGUAGGUGGGAGAACCCUGAAGAUAUGGACCUGGAUGAGCUCCUGGAGGCUAGUUCUGACCAGAGCCUGAGAAGGAGGAGACAGACCCAAGAGUUCCUCAGACCCUACAUCGCUGCCAAGAUGGACAAUCUGCCAGACACCUUCACUCUAGGAGACGAGAAGAAGUACAACGGCUUCUACAACAAGCCUCUACCAGGACAGCAGCAGUACCUCUGUUUCGUCCUGGCUGCCCUCAAAGACCACGAGUCUCAGAAGACGUUUGCGGCCAGCCCGUACUCAGACCCCAUCACGGUGAAGCUCCACAGCGGUAUGCCCCUCCAUGCUGAGGACCCAGAGAUGCUGUGGGUCAUGGGCCCUGUCCUGGCUGUUGUACUCAUCAUCAUCAUCGUCAUCGCCAUCCUGCUCUUCAAGAGGAAACGAGCAUCUCCCUCGGCCAAGGAUGAGCACUCUGCUGGGGUGAAGGACUCUCUGCUGGCCCACUCCUCUGAUCCUGUGGAAAUGAGACGACUCAACUAUCAGACACAAGGUUCCAGUGACCCCAGUUGCCCGAACACUCCAAGGAUGAGGGAGCACCCUCUCAUCUCCACCACUGAGCUUGCUAACCACAUCGAGCGUCUCAAGGCCAACGAUGGACUCCGCUUCUCACAGGAGUAUGAGUCUGUAGACCCUGGCCAGCAGUUCACAUGGGAACACUCUAACCUGGAGGUGAACAAGCCAAAGAACCGCUAUGCAAACGUCAUCGCCUACGACCACUCCAGGGUCAUCCUCGCCUCUGUCGACGGAGUACCAGGUAGUGACUACAUCAAUGCUAACUACAUAGACAGCUACAGGAAGCAGAACGCCUGCAUCGCUACACAGGGCCCGCUUCCUGAAACCCUGAGUGACUUCUGGAGGAUGGUGUGGGAGCAGAGGACCAACACUAUCGUCAUGAUGACCAGACUGGAGGAGAAGUCACGGGUGAAGUGUGACCAGUACUGGCCCAGUCGGGGUACAGAGACUUAUGGGAUGAUCCAGGUGACCAUGUUGGACACUGUAGAGCUGGCUACCUACAGCGUACGCACCUUCGCCCUCUAUAAGAAUGGCUCCAGUGAGAAGAGAGAGGUUCGUCAGUUCCAGUUCAUGGCCUGGCCGGACCAUGGAGUGCCUGAGUACCCCACCCCCACCCUGGCCUUCCUCCGCAGGGUCAAGUCCUGCAACCCCACAGAUGCAGGACCCAUGGUGGUGCACUGCAGUGCUGGUGUAGGUCGGACCGGUUGCUUCAUCGUGAUUGAGGCCAUGCUGGAGCGUAUGAAGCAUGAGAAGUCAGUGGAUAUCUACGGUCAUGUGACGUGUAUGAGAGCUCAGAGGAACUACAUGGUGCAGACGGAGGACCAGUAUGUCUUUAUCCACGAGGCCCUGCUAGAGGCAGCCACCUGCGGUAACACAGAGGUCCCUGCACGCAACCUGUACGCACACAUCCAGAAACUCACCCAGGUCACGCCCGGAGACACGGUCACUGCCAUGGAGCUAGAGUUUAAGAAACUGGCCAACUCCAAAGCACAUACCUCAAGAUUCAUCAGUGCCAACCUGCCCUGUAACAAGUUCAAGAACCGGCUGGUGAACAUCAUGCCUUUUGAGUCCACCCGCGUGAGUCUGCAGCCUAUCAGAGGAGUGGAGGGCUCCGACUACAUCAAUGCCAGCUUCAUCGACGGAUACAGGCAGCAGAAGGCCUACAUGGCCACCCAGGGGCCGCUUGCAGAGACCACAGAGGACUUCUGGAGGAUGCUGUGGGAACACAACUCUACCAUCGUAGUCAUGCUUACUAAACUCAGAGAGAUGGGAAGAGAAAAGUGUCAUCAGUACUGGCCAGCUGAGCGUUCUGCCAGGUACCAGUACUUUGUAGUGGACCCCAUGGCUGAGUACAACAUGCCCCAGUACAUCCUCAGAGAGUUCAAGGUGACAGACGCCAGGGAUGGCCAGUCUAGGACCAUUCGGCAGUUCCAGUUCACUGAUUGGCCAGAACAAGGGGUGCCAAAAACUGGAGAGGGCUUCAUUGACUUCAUUGGUCAAGUGCAUAAAACCAAGGAGCAGUUUGGCCAGGAUGGACCAAUCUCUGCGCACUGCAGUGCUGGUGUUGGGCGAACUGGUGUGUUCAUCACCCUGAGUAUCGUGCUGGAGAGGAUGAGGUACGAGGGGGUGGUGGAUCUCUUCCAGACUGUCAAGACACUGAGGACCCAGAGACCUGCCAUGGUGCAGACAGAGGACCAGUACCAGUUGUGCUACAGGGCAGCUCUAGAGUACCUUGGAAGCUUUGACCACUAUGCAACAUAAUAACCACUCCCAGAAUGCACUGGGACUCCUGGGGUUCAGGAGAGCCAGCCGUGUGUCCCUUCUGAGCUAUAUCCAUACUGUCCAGCAACUGCCGGAGGGGUGAAGGGAGAGGGGGAGGAAGAGAAGAAGAGGAGUGAGGAGGAGUGGGAGAGAGCACAUGUCUGACUGGAUGACCGUCAAUCAGGUGGAGCAGUACUCCUGGACUGACUGCACAAUAAACCUGCUUUAAAACCCUUCACUACUAAAAAAUAACCUAAAAAGCUUCAGUAUGCUUCAUUCUGAUGUCUCUAUAGCUAAUGCACAUGCCAUGAAAACACUAUUUCUGCCUCCUCCACCUGCUUAUAUGGCAAACUUUAUUUUUCUGCUUUUAUUAUGCAUUAAUAUCAUUACUAUUACCCAUUAUAAAUAUGUUAUUAUUAUUAUAAUUUAGAAUUUGUUUUCUAAUCAUGUAUACACUAUGUCUUAUUGGGUCUUAUUUUAAAUUCAUUAUUUGUAUCUUUUUAUUCUUUUUUACACAAGGGACAUGUAUUUUAAACAUGGUCCGAGUUAUUAUUAAUACUGGAGACGUACGCAUACUCAGAGCUGCUAAUAAUAUUUUAAUUUUUUUACCAUAAUUAUAACAUUCUAAAGUUCUCUAUUCUCUGGUUGGUCGUAUUCAGUGGGAUAUGGGGGACACAACUUUUAUAAGUAUUUUCACUUCCUGGUGUUUUACAAAAACAAUCUCCACAAAAAGAGAUCAAACACAUAUACACCAGAGUUAGUGAACUACUGUAAAAUAAACCCAUCUAUGUUUAUAAAAACUGAAUAGAUUAUUCUUGAUGAUGUUUUAUGAAUAAUCUACCAUGUACAGAUUCUGUUUACUGUGAUUUUCUCAAUGCCUGUCGCUCAAAGAGCUCCGGUCCAAACUCCAGACGCAAUGAAAGAAAUAAAGAAAACUACCGGUACAUGAAAAGGUGUUUGUCCUGUUACAGCACCCUUAGUUGCCUAUGGGACUGAACCAAACCAUCACUCCCAAAAGACACAGAGGAACUGGACCCUAUCUCUGUCUGCUCUGAUCUGACAAGCUAGACCUGGUUUGGAGCAACAGAUAUACAGAACUUCACAUCAGACUAAUGUACAGCGCCCAACAACACCCCUCCUAUGAGAAGUGUUUGAUUGACCAGACAGACAGUUAUCCAUCCCUGUAUUUCUGAUUACCCUGCUGAUUCUGAACUAUGAUCUAUGAAUUGGACAUGUCCAUCUGCAUAUGACUGACCUAGUUCCCCAUGACUGGCCAUCCCUGUAGAAACCUGACAACAACCCAGAUUAACAUCUCUUCUGACUGUCACUGACUCUACAUCCAUGGUAUAACUGCUGUAAUAUACUGUAUUAUCUCCUCACUGUGCUACAGAAGGACAUUCUCCUGUAACACAAAGAAGCAGCAUCAAUGUACGGUGGAGGAUCUCUACAUUAUAGUCAAGCGUUUUUCUCUUAAGUGAGGCUAUAUGAUUGCAAAGUGAGGUGAAUUUGGAUUGAUUGGGAUCGGAUGGACGGACUGCAAAAACAAGGAUUUAUUUCACUUUGUCUUCAAAUAGUGCCGUAGGGGUUCAGUCUGUUGUAUACACAAUCUGUUUUCUAUUUGUUAAUAAAAAGGAGAGGGAAAAAAUGUCGCAAAAACCUUGAUGUUAAUAAAGUUGAAUAAUUGUUUUUUUUUAUAUA